CGCUGGUUCCCGGAUGUCCGCUUGUUGACCUGCGGCUGUCUGAACCUCUGUCUAACCCUCCAAAGCCUCGGGAGCUCUAGGCCAGCAUGGCUGCGGGAGUCGCAGCCUGGAUGCCGUUCGCCCGCGCCGCGGCCGUCGGCUGGAUGCCGGUGGCCAGCGCGCCCAUGCCGGCGCCUCCGCGGGAGAAGCAGCGCGGCCGGGACGGGCUGAUCGUGCUGAACGUCAGUGGCACAAAGUUCCAGACGUGGCGGGACACGCUGGAGCGCUAUCCGGACACCCUGCUGGGCAGCUCGGAGAGGGACUUCUUCUUCCAUGAGGAACGCAACGAGUUCUUCUUCGACCGCGACCCGGACAUCUUCCGCCACAUCCUGAACUUCUACCGCACCGGAAAGCUGCACUACCCGCGCCAGGAGUGCAUCUCCGCCUAUGAGGAGGAGCUGGGCUUCUUCGGCAUCGUCCCGGAGAUAAUCGGAGACUGCUGCUACGAGGACUACAAGGACCGGCGGCGGGAGAACCAGGAGCGCAUCCAGGACGACGAGGAGAGCGAGCAGAGCAGCGACCUGAUGCCCGCGGAUGCCAGCUUCCGGGAGACCAUGUGGCGCGCCUUCGAGAACCCGCACACCUCCACCAUGGCGCUGGUCUUCUACUACGUCACCGGCUUCUUCAUCGCGGUGUCCGUCAUGGCCAACGUGGUGGAGACGGUGCCGUGCGGCGCCGCGCCGAACCGCGUCAAGGUGCUGUCCUGCGGGGAGCGCUACGCGCUGGCCUUCUUCUGCCUGGACACGGCGUGCGUCAUGAUCUUCACGGUGGAGUACCUGCUGCGCCUCCUGGCGGCGCCCAGCCGCUACAGGUUCGUCAAGAGCGUGAUGAGCGUUAUCGACGUGGUGGCCAUCAUGCCCUACUACAUCGGCCUGGUCAUGACGGACAACGAGGACGUGAGCGGCGCCUUCGUCACCCUGCGGGUCUUCCGCGUCUUUCGGAUCUUCAAGUUCUCGCGGCACUCUGCGGGACUUCGCAUUCUGGGCUACACGCUUAAGAGCUGCGCGUCGGAGCUGGGCUUCCUGCUCUUCUCCCUCACCAUGGCCAUCAUCAUCUUCGCCACCGUCUUGUUCUACGCCGAGAAGGGCUCCGGCAGCAAGUUCACCAGCAUCCCGGCAGCCUUCUGGUACACCAUCGUUACCAUGACAACACUGGGGUGAGUGACGCCGCCUAUUUGGUUGCGGUCCCAAAGUGGGCGGGGCUGAUUUUCAGGACGGAUGUGCAGCUCCUGUUUCCGGAGGUUCAGGAAAAGUUCUGCUAAGAGGCGGAACAGAGCCGCUAAUGUGGACCCAGAAGUUCUUCUCUCCACCAGAACUGGCCCAGUGGGUUCGCAGCGGAUCAUCUACUGGUUUCCUGUUGAUAUAUUGCUAGUUUCCUGUUGGUAUCUUACUGGUUUCCAGUCUCCAGGGUCUCCUCCAUGCUGGGCUGGACUUUAGAGAAGUCUUAAAGUGACAGCGUCCUGAUUUUGGGGGGUUUGUGAACGUUGUGAUGCGUAGGCCCUCGUCUAGUGAUCUGUAUUAAUACUUUGGGAUUUUUAUGAAGGAGCUGAAACUGAAGUUGUAGAUGAUGUUAACAUUUGGACCACGACAUGUUGGACUUGUUGAUGUACUGAACUACGUAUUAAUGUAAUUCACCUGAGUAAAUAUUGUUCCGUGGAGGACGACGGACCAACAC